AAGGAAAGUAAAGAUACAAUAUUUGAUUAAAAACUCCACUGUAACAUUGAUAGUUUAAGUUUUUCUGGAAGUUAAUUUCGCACACAGUCUUUACAUUUAUUUAAGAACCCUCUGCACAAUCAAAUCACAAAUUUAACUGAAUAAAGCUUGUAGCAUUUAAUCUGGCAGAUAUAUAACCUAAAACACUCGUUUUAAUUGUCCCUCGUUUUUGUUUAAGAUGUGAAACAAAGCCAACAGAUGGAUUUUAUGAUGAUUUAAAAUAUUUUUUCUCUAAAGGACUUAUAUUUGCUUGUUUAUUAACUAAAUGAAUCAAAAUAUGCUUCAGUAAACUUCAUUUUAGCUCAAAUGUCCUGCCUUUGCGGUGAACUCCUGCUCACCUGUUCCUAAUUACAGCUAAAACAUGGCAAACAUAAACCGCUGCAUUAUGGGUAAUGUAGGCAUCUGGUUUUCCCUCGAUUAUCUUGUUGUUGUCGGUCUAAAACAAUUUAGAGACGAAUGUUUUUUAAAUAUGUUCAACGUAAAUGGAGGGUUUCGAUGUUUUCCCACACUGCACUGGUUUGUGGAGGUUUGGUACUGGUUUCCAGAGCCGGUGAUGAUGUCACACCGAGGCUGGGUCAUGUGAAGGGCAGCAGCGGAGGAGGUUCACGGAGAGUUCAGCCGCAUACAUUAGGUAAUAGCGUCGCACGCCGUGACAUAACUAGUGCGAAGCAGGUUGAGUUGAGACAUUUAUCAAUAAAAAGAAAAAGCGGAGAUAAGAUUAAAAAGUCGUUCGGUAAACUUUGUUAUGCAAAACAAGCAGCAGACCUGGAUGCGCGGAAGCUCCCCCACUCCAGUGCCCACGCUGCGCGCCAAUACGCACAGUUUAUGAGGAAAUUAAAGGUCUGUUCCGGCGCGCACACGCCCCUCAUAGUGCGAUGCUCCUGCUGCAUGGUCUGCGCCUCAACGCCCGGCUGUAAACCACAAACCUGCGGAGAGCCAACUGAAAGUCGUCACCAACAGGAAGGACUCUGUUUUCUUCCUCUUCUUCAUGAGGAGAGCAUCUUCUCCAGCAGGACUCCGCUAAGGUCAUGUUUGACUUCAUGGAAUUUCAGGUUUUCGGUCCGGGAGAAAUCAUGGACUUUUAUUCGACUUCCAGCCCCGGCAGCGCGCUGCAGGACCUGGAUCUGGACCUGAACCCGGAUCGGGACCAAGACCGGGACCUGGCAGCUUUCUUCCCGGAGCUGAUCGAGUCGGACUGGCCGGAGCAUCGGUGCUCGCAGUCAGUGGAAAGCCAGAGCUCCAGCUCCAGCUCCAGUUUGGACGACCUGUUUGCCAGUCCGCCUUCCCCUCCUCCGCCUCCGCGCACCUACAAGCCCUGCUUUGUGUGUCAGGAUAAAUCAUCAGGGUACCACUAUGGAGUCAGCGCCUGCGAGGGCUGCAAGGGUUUCUUCCGCCGCAGCGUGCAGAAAAACAUGGUGUACACCUGCCACCGUGACAGAAACUGCAUCAUCAACAAGAUCACCAGGAACCGCUGCCAGUACUGCCGCCUGCAGAAGUGCUUCGCCGUGGGAAUGUCCAAAGAGUCGGUGAGAAAUGACAGAAACAGGCGGAGAGGUAAGAAGGAAGCGGUGAAGAUGACCGUCAUGGAGACGUACGAGCUGACGGCCGAGCUCGGCCUGAUCGUGGAGAAGAUCUGCAGGGCGCAUCGAGAGACCUUCCCCUCCCUCUGCCAGCUGGGGAAAUACACCACAAACUCCAGUUCAGACCACCGGAUCCAGUUGGACCUCGGGUUGUGGGACAAGUUCAGCGAGCUUGCCACCAAGUGCAUCAUCAAGGUGGUGGAGUUCGCCAAGAGAGUCCCAGGCUUCACAGGCCUGACCAUCGCCGACCAGAUCACUCUGCUGAAAGCCGCCUGCCUUGACAUCCUGAUCCUCAGGAUUUGCACUCGCUACACUCCGGACCAGGACACCAUGACGUUCUCUGACGGCCUGACUCUGACCCGCACUCAGAUCCACAACGCCGGCUUCGGGCCGCUCACCGACCAGGUCUUCACGUUUGCCGGUCAGCUGCUUCCUCUGGAGAUGGACGAGACGGAGAGCGGGCUGCUCAGCGCCAUCUGCCUCGUCUCCGGAGAUCGCCAGGACCUGGAGGAGCCGUCAAAGGUGGAGGUGCUGCAGGAGCCGCUGCUGGAGGCGCUGAAGAUCUACUCGCGGCGGCGCCGACCCAGCAUGCCCCUGAUGUUCCCCAAAGCCCUGAUGAAGAUCACCGACCUGCGCAGCAUCAGCGCUAAAGGAGCAGAGCGCGUUGUGACACUGAAGAUGGAGAUCCCCGGCUCCAUGCCUCCUUUGAUCGAGGAGAUGAUGGAGGAUCUGCAGAACCUGGAGAGCAGCCAGCACUCACACAGCCUCUCCUCUCACUCUCAGCACACACACUGCGCCGGCCUUGCAGUCUGAAGACGCUGCAGAACUUUUUCUUCCUCCCCAGAGAGAGAUUACUAACGAUGUAACAGUGCAGAUGCAGUCCAGAAGGUCACUAGUCUCUUACCUCCGUAAAACGUCCGGGAAUAUUUCAGAGUUAGAUCUGCAGACAUGACAAAUGAGAUUCAGCUUUCACAUUAACAACAUGGUAGUUGCUGUGAGAUGAAAUCCUGCUUCGAAGGAAGGGAAAAGUAGAGUGAUGCAGUAACGUUGUAGUCUCUCUUUUUGUUUUCCUGCAACGUUGUGGCAGGCACCUCAUAACCUCUGAGAAUCACUCUCAGCUUUUGUUUACCAUAUCUGGGUCUUACUGUAUUUAUAUUUGCAUGAUGAGUUAUUAAUUUUUACCUCAUUGAAUAACGCUGUCAGUAUUCAGUAGAAAGAGAGAGCACAUGUGGAAAGGAUCUGUUAACUCUUUUUAGUUUAUUAAACAGGGAAACAAGUAAAGGGGAAAAAGGUCAAACAUUUAACUGGUUCCCAGAUUGAUGUAGGGGUCUUGAUGAAGGAAAGAGGACAUUUAUGUCAUCCAAAUAGUGGAAUUGUUUAACUGCCAUGUUUUUGUGAUGAAACAAAAAUAAAUCCUGCAAAAACACAAAAUCUUAAAUAUUUUUGUCAUGUUCCGGGUGCAACUAUAUUAAUACAUUUGAAAUCAGGCAAAUCUAACUUAUAAGUAACUUCUCAGCAAAAUACAGGAGCAUUUUAAGUCAAUAAUUCCUUAAUAUUGAUGGAAAAAUAUUAGAUUAUUUCAUUUACAAGGCAGGAAAAGUGUCUUGUUAAAUAAUCUGCUAUAUUAAUUUCCUUAAUAUCAAAAAAUUUCUUGCAGAAAAGUUACUUUCAAGUUAGUUUUGUCUUACUUAAAGUGUACCAAGAUAUUUACACAAGGAACUAGAUAAAAAAAUAUGUGGUAAUAUUUUGUAUUUUUGCAGUAAAGAUAAUUUCAAAACUUUAGAGCCAAAAGUUGCAAUAACUUCUUGUCUGUGUUCACAUUCUCUAACUAAGAAUCAAGUGAAUCCAUUUUAUUAUAAUUUCCACAUUCAGUUGGACCACAGCUAGGGAUCACACAGUUUUUUUAUGUCAGAUUUAGUUAUGGACUUUGACUAGGCCAUCCCAAAACAUUGAUUUUCCUCUUCAGAAGACAUUAUUUGGUUGGAUGUAUCCUCUUCAGCUUCAGCUGUUUCAACAAAUACCUGAAGUUUAUUGGGUUUAAACUCACUAAUGUUGAAACCAUUCAUGCCUUCAUUCAGUUUAACAAAAAGCUCAAGUUACAUAGGGUUAAAAAUAAGUACCACCAUGUUUCACUGUGGGUCUGGUGUUCUUUGGUGAUGUGCAGUGUUGUUUCUGUGUGAGACAUUUUUAGAGUUAUGGCACAGAAGUUCACAUUUUAUUUUGCUUCACACUUUCUUCUAACAGGCUUUGGGGAGAUUUCCAAAUCUAGACAUUUGGAAAACACAGGAGAUUUCUGUCAACUUGCCAAUGUUGACGUCUGUCUCCAAACAAAUUACUCCGUUUUAUCAGCAAUCUUGGAGAAAUUUCACUAAUGUCACUGCCUGACUAUAUUUUAAUGGUUUUUAAUUGCCUCCAAACGUAACACCGUUUUCUCUGAAGUUCUCAUUAAGUCCAGCUGACAUUAAAAUCCCUUAAAAUUUCUGGAAUAGUCCUUCUGGUUAUAGGAUCUGUGCACAUUUUAAAAUAACAUUAUUUCACCUUAUAGUGCAGCAGGAGUGGCUUUACUAAAGAAAAAAAAAUAGCCACUGAAAAAUUCAACAUGGCGGCCAUUUUUCAAGAUGGAAAAUACAUUUUUGCACUAAAAUCACCAAUUAAAUUACUGUGUUUGGUGUCAAAUCAUAGCCAACAUAUUUUAAACCAUACAGAUUAUACAUAUAUUUUCUUGAUCUUGUGUUCCUCUUUCUGGUGGACAUUUUUCAAAAUGGUUGUAAUUGAGAACUUUGGACCAAAACUGGCAGUAUAGUUAUUGCCAGGGGUGAGAACAGCUAACCAAAAAGUUAAGUUCUCUAACCACAAGUUCACUAAAGAGUUUAACUACACAAAUGUUAUGGAAAAUUGCUAUUUAAAAAUAGCAUGUGUGAAUUUUUAAAUACAUAAAAAUGUGCGCAUGAUAACUCUAAAUUGAAAUAUAUAUGAAAAAUAUGUGAAAAAAUUAGCACAAGCUAAUGCUAAACCACUAAACACAUCAAAAUAUUUUGCUCUGCUAAUGCUACAUUGCUACAUUUCACACAUAAAUGUAAGCUAAUGCUAGUCCACAAAAACAAAACGUAGCAGAAGCUAACAUUAACCAUUAAGACCAUUGUUUCUGUCACAUCUUCAUCGCUAACAGCUAGUUCUCAGUUUCACUCUUUGUCUGAUUUUGCUUCAUAUAAUCAUUUUAAAUUUAGGAUGACUGAAAUCGAAAACAUAUGAUGUGAUAAAGUUCAUCCAAGUGGUGAAAAUGGAUCACAUUUUAUGGCAAUAACUGGUUUUGAAGCCUCAACAGCGGCGGCCAUCUUGAGAAAUGGCCAUCAUCCUGAAGCUGAAGUGGCUCAUGGGAAAUUUAAAAGAAAUUUAACAGAAAUAUUUAUGCUUGUAUCCACAGUUGUAGUAUUUUACAAAUGUGCUGCAUUGUAAUUGGUCAAGAAAAGCUUUUGUGGUAGUUGCAAAACUUUGGCCCAACAUUUAACAAAGAAGAAAGUGUAAUCUGAAGAAAAGAAAACCUAUAAUGGGGAAUCAUUAAUAAAGGACCGUAGAUUAAACAUUUAGUAAACUUUUCUCUUCUUUUUAAUCUUUAAACGUGGUUAUUGAAGGGCAGACUGGCACACACACAGCUGACACCACAUAUUUACAUUUACAUGCUGAAAAUGUAGAUGAUUUCUUGAGAUUCUGUUAUUUUUCCUUUGUGAAAACAUGACGGUUUAAUAAAGGUGUUUUACACUUUUUAUAUCCACUGUACGUGUGAAAAGACGUAGUAACGUAUGAGCUUGUUUUGUUAUCAGUUUUGCUGAGUGCGCUCCAGCAAAAUGAAACAUUUAUCACCAUGUUAAGCUAAAUAUAAAAUACAUAUAUCUUAGACUUCAUGAAUGAAAUUAUCUAAAUAUAGAUUACUAUCAUUAUUAAUUUUUGUUGCUGGAAAUAUUUUUUACUUGUUUUUUUUUUCAGGAUUAAACAUAUGAACCAUAAAAUGAUUUUGUAGCCUUUGUUGCACUGUGGGGCAGAUUAAUUUCCAUCCUCAAUUUUUAUUUCCUGUUUCCAGUUUUAACUACAAAAUUAAUGUUCUUGUCAGUCUGAGCUGCUUGUUUUUACUACACUGUGUUUGUGACAAAGCUGCAAACAUAACUAAAGAACAUAAAAAAAACAACAUUUUAGUAAACUUGAAAAUUGUUGUAUCAAUUAGAAGAAGGAAAAGUCGGUCUGAAAUUAAAGACGUUCAUUUUGGAGAAUCAGAAAUAAUGAUAUGAAUUAGAAGUUAUUGGAUAUAAGCGUCCUAAAAAAACUCACAUGUGCCUGCCAUUAAUGUGCCAAUAUUUUCCAACAUUUAGUUUUUACUUUCCUCUUUUUAAGUUUCUGCUACAAACCAGCGCAGUGUGAAAACUGUUUGUACAUAUGAUCAUUUUUCAUUUGUAAAAUUUCAUUUAUGGAAUCAUUAAACAUUCACUGGUUUUCUUUGUCUA